UUUCGCACGCGUCGCCACAACAAGAUCGGUGCGCAAAAAAAAAAACAAAACAUAUUGCAAACGAACGCCAAGGACAACAGACGCUCCCGACAUGGACAAUCCCAGUUCACCGCCGCCAAAUACGCCCAGCGACGCCGCCGAGCGGCGCGAUCUUCGAGCGGCGAUGACCUCGCCGGCGGGCGACUUCGAGCCCUUCGAGAACGAGGACGAGAUCCUCGGAGAUCAGACGGUGCGCGACGAGGCCGAGGAGGAGGAUGGCGAGGAGCUGUUCGGGGACAACAUGGAGAACGACUACCGUCCCAUGCCGGAGCUGGAUCACUACGAUCCGGCGAUGCUGGACGACGAGGAUGACUUCUCGGAGAUGUCGCAGGGCGAUCGCUUUGCGGCCGAGUCGGAGAUGCGGCGGCGGGAUCGGGCGGCCGGCAUCCACCGCGACGACCGGGAUCUGGGAUUCGGCCAGUCCGACGACGAGGACGAUGUGGGACCGCGGGCCAAGCGGCGGGCCGGCGAGAAGGCGGCCGUGGGCGAGGUGGAGGACACCGAGAUGGUGGAGUCCAUCGAGAACCUGGAGGACACCAAGGGCCACUCGACCAAGGAGUGGGUCAGCAUGCUGGGACCGCGCACGGAGAUCGCCAAUCGCUUCCAGUCCUUCCUGAGAACGUUCGUCGAUGAACGCGGCGCCUACACCUAUCGCGAUCGCAUCCGGCGGAUGUGCGAGCAGAACAUGUCCUCCUUCGUCGUCUCCUACACGGAUCUGGCCAACAAGGAGCACGUGCUGGCCUACUUCCUGCCCGAGGCUCCCUUCCAGAUGCUCGAGAUCUUCGACAAGGUGGCCAAGGACAUGGUGCUGUCCAUUUUUCCCACCUACGAGCGCGUCACCACCGAGAUCCAUGUGCGCAUCUCGGAGCUGCCGCUCAUCGAGGAGCUGCGCACGUUCAGGAAACUGCAUCUCAAUCAGUUGGUUCGCACCUUGGGCGUGGUAACCGCCACCACAGGCGUCCUGCCGCAGCUGUCGGUGAUCAAGUACGACUGCGUGAAGUGCGGCUAUGUGCUCGGUCCCUUUGUCCAGUCGCAGAACACGGAGAUCAAGCCGGGCUCCUGCCCCGAGUGCCAGAGCACCGGACCGUUCUCCAUCAACAUGGAGCAGACGCUGUACCGCAACUACCAGAAGAUCACGCUGCAGGAGUCGCCGGGCAGGAUUCCAGCCGGUCGCAUUCCGCGCAGCAAGGACGUCAUUCUGCUGGCGGAUCUUUGCGAUCAAUGCAAACCGGGCGAUGAACUGGAGGUCACUGGUAUUUACACGAACAAUUACGAUGGUUCGUUGAACACUGAUCAGGGAUUCCCCGUCUUUGCCACCGUGAUUAUUGCCAAUCAUGUGGUCGUCAAGGACUCCAAGCAGGUGGUGCAGUCGCUGACGGACGAGGAUAUAGCCACGAUUCAGAAGUUGAGCAAGGAUCCGCGCAUCGUGGAGCGCGUGGUGGCCUCCAUGGCGCCUUCUAUUUACGGACAUGACUACAUCAAGAGAGCCCUGGCCUUGGCCCUCUUCGGUGGCGAGUCCAAGAAUCCCGGGGAGAAGCACAAGGUUCGAGGAGACAUUAACCUGCUGAUUUGUGGAGAUCCCGGCACGGCCAAGUCGCAGUUCUUGAAGUACAUCGAAAAGGUUGCUCCUCGGGCGGUUUUCACCACCGGUCAGGGGGCGAGUGCCGUGGGUCUCACCGCCUAUGUGCGGAGGAAUCCAGUUUCCCGCGAGUGGACCUUGGAGGCGGGAGCUCUGGUCCUAGCCGAUCAGGGCGUCUGUCUCAUCGACGAGUUCGACAAGAUGAACGACCAGGAUCGCACCUCCAUUCACGAGGCCAUGGAGCAGCAGUCCAUCUCCAUUUCCAAGGCCGGCAUUGUCACCUCCCUGCAGGCUCGUUGCACCGUCAUUGCCGCCGCCAAUCCCAUCGGCGGGCGCUACGAUCCCUCGAUGACGUUCUCGGAGAACGUGAACCUUUCGGAGCCCAUUCUCUCCCGUUUCGAUGUGCUAUGCGUGGUUAAGGACGAGUUCGAUCCCAUGCAGGACCAGCAGUUGGCCAAAUUCGUGGUGCACUCGCACAUGAAGCACCAUCCCAGCGAGGAGGAGCAGCCGGAGUUGGAGGAGCCGCAGUUGAAGACCGUGGACGAGAUCCCGCAGGAUCUGCUGCGUCAGUAUAUCGUUUACGCCAAGGAGAACAUUCGACCCAAGUUAACGAACAUCGACGAGGACAAGAUCGCCAAGAUGUACGCCCAGCUGCGUCAGGAGUCCUUCGCUACUGGAUCUCUGCCCAUUACGGUGCGUCACAUUGAGAGCGUGAUCCGGAUGUCGGAAGCCCACGCUCGCAUGCAUUUGCGUGAAAACGUGAUGGAGGCAGACGUCAGCAUGGCCAUCCGCAUGAUGCUGGAGAGCUUCAUUGAGGCGCAGAAGUUCAGCGUGAUGAAGAAGAUGCGCAGUACAUUCCAGAAGUACCUGGCCUUCCAGAAGGACCAUUCCGAGUUGCUCUUCUUCAUCCUGCGCCAGCUGACCCUCGAUCAGCUCGCCUACAUCCGCUGCAAGGACGGACCCGGCGCCACGCAUGUGGAGAUCAUGGAGCGCGAUCUGAUCGAGCGCGCCAAGCAACUGGACAUUGUCAACCUGAAACCCUUCUACGAAUCGGAUCUAUUCCGCACCAAUGGAUUCUCUUACGAUCCCAAGCGUCGCAUCAUCCUCCAAAUUGUGGUCGACGGCAACGCAGCUUAAGUUCUCAGUUUCCUAUCAUAUCUCAUGUAGUUAGUAGUGCUCACAUCCAUGUUUUGUUACCCCCAUCUUUGGCAUAAUAAAGUUUGAUAUACUUGUG